GAGAAGGAAGACGGGGAUUGCAGUCCAAAACAAGCAUCGGAUUCCGAUCACAUGGACCGAAACCCAUCUCCUCCCACCAGCGAGGAUGAAGAGGAACCGUCGGGAGAUUGUAUCGGGAACACCGUGUACAGCAAGCAUUGGUUCUUCAGCACUCUGACCAAACUGAUAGAUACUGUUACUGUGGAUAAAGAUAAACCGGAGCAAGCGGAAGAUGAGGCCAGUGUGGAUCUGGAGGAAGACAUGGAGAACGACAUCUGUAAAAUCUGGGACAUGUCUAUGAAUGAGGAGGUGGCGCAGUUUCUGGUGGAGUUCAAUGCAACAGAUAUAUUAUUAGGAGUUAUUGCAAAAUCGAAAUGUAAUCGGCUGACGGAAAUCUGUGUGGGGAUUCUGGGUAACAUGGCGUGCUUCCCGGAGACCUGCCUGAACCUCAGCAGCAACAAUGACUUGGGGGAAGUUCUUCUUCUGCUACUGAGUGACACAGACCCACCAACAUUGCUAGAGACCUCCAGAUUGCUCUUGUCGUGUCUAUCUCGGGUCGAAGUAAUGAGCACAUGGCUGGAAAGAAUCAGGAAGCGCCCCUCCGUCCGUGAUAACCUGUGUUUUAUCAUGAGCAGCUCCACUAAUGUGGACCUCCUGGUUAAAGUUGGUGAAUUGGUGGACAAGCUGUUUGACGUGGAUGAAGACAUAAUGAUAGAUUGGAUAAAAGCCGGCUGCCAGCAGCCAGAAACUCCAGUUACCGAUAUCGAAGAAGAGAAGCCCUCCCCGCUUGGCCUUGUCCCUUCCCUACUGGAAGCAUCGAAACAGCUGAAGUAUGACAGCCCUGAAGGUCUCGAUGUAUACAUGCACAUAUUACAGCUGGUGACCACAGUGGAUGAGGGCAUUCAGUCUAUAGUACAGUCUCCAGAGGAUGGCAAGCGGACUUGGAGAUUUUUGUUUCAAGUUGAUGUCGUGUCGGGACUUGUGUCAGUCUGGUGACCCCCCACUUGUCAUCCAGGAGCAGAAAACCAUCUUAUCCUACAUUUUGGCUGUCAUGUCAGUCAUGUUCUCCUCACAGAUAGACCAGGAAUACACCGAGACUAGAAAAAAUGUCUCCCACUAAUAUAACCAGUGCCUCACUCGAAUUUUGUUAGAAAUUGGGGUCUGUUAGGAAGUCAAAAGGGGAAACUCCCCUAACCAAAUGACCAAAAGGAAGCGGUGAUUGAAGAAGAUUUCCAUCUGAAAAAAUGAAACGUUCUGUUGAAUUCC